UUAACUUUUUUUUUUUUUUGCAAAGCUCACGUGGUAGCGGACGGUAUAACGACGUCACAACACGUCGCCACCUCCUGACUUCUGAAAUUUCAACAGCAAACAACCAAGUGAAUAAAAAGAAGACGCGCACUGAACUGAAAGGCAAACAAAUUUGUAAGUAUGUGAGAGUAUGUGAGACGACGAGGAUACUGUCGUAUGUCACAUGACGUUUCUGCCUGCUUUCCGACUUACUACUCUAAACUCUACAGACAGAAAAUGGCACUUUUGCCCCGUCCCAAACAGUUUUUCAGACGGCUGCAACAACAUUCUAUUCAGCAUGUCGCUGCAACGUUUUUACUGCAAUGUCACCUCACUUCUACAAUUUUACACUUUUGCAAUUUUACCUGGGGGUGGCAGCAGGUUCUACUGUGGGGGCUGUUAUGUAUGCAUCAUGCGCCACAACUCCUCGUCCAGCCGAAGAAAACGCGGCAAUCCGCGCCGCCGUCCUCCGCAGCCACUGCCUGGGCCAUCCCCCGGUGUGCAAUGCACAUCCUCUGCGGCAUCCCCCAGAGGGCGCCGCCCGCCGCAGUCACCGCAGCGGGCAUCCCCCAGAGGGCGCCACCCGCCACAGUCACCGCAGCGGGCAUCCCCCAGAGGGCGCCGCCCGCCGCAGUCACCGCAGCCGGGCCCAUCUGGGAAUACUCAGCCACCUGCGUCGCCGCCCCCGUUGCCCACGCCGCCCAGGAGGCGAAGGUACCGGCCAGGGACCAAGGCCCUAAUGGAGAUCCGCAAGUUCCAGAAGAGCACAGAGCUCCUCAUCAGGAAAGCGCCCUUCUCUCGCCUGGUCCGUGAGGUGUGCCAGUCAUAUGGCAGAAGUGCCCUCAGAUGGCAGGUCUUCGCCCUGAUGGCGCUUCAGGAGGCGGCUGAGGCCUUAUUGGUGUUGCUGUUCUCUGAUGCCAACCUGUGCGCCAUCCACGCCAAGCGGGUCACCAUUUUUCCCCGCGACCUCCAGCUGGCCCGACGGAUCCGCGGGCAAGAGUUCUGAUGAAGAUGAUAGCCGCGUGGUGACUCAAACGUUUCACAGUGACCACUCGACACAACCCAACCUUUAUAGUCGAAAUCGACUUAAAUACUGUUGUUUGCAGUGUUUGUGUUUUAUAUAUAGUGAAGUGUUUGUGUUUUAUAUCUAAAGUUAUGUGACAAGAGUGGAUCAUUUCUUGGCCCUGCCCACUUCUUCACCAGGCAGCCAAUUAUGUGAGUGCUAAGCUUCACUCUGUAGUGUCAUCCACGCGCGUCACCGUUUUUUCCCCGCGACAUCCAGCUGGCCUGAUGUACCCGCGGGCAAGAUUUCUGAUUAAGAUGAUAGCCCCAUGGUGACUCGUUUCACGGUCACCACUCGACUCAACCCAACCUGUAUAGUAGAAAUCCUCUUCAAUUACUGUUUGCGGUGUUUGUGUUUUAUCGAUAGUGCAGUGUCUCUGUUCUGUAUAUAAGGUUAUGUGACGUGUGUUCAUCGUAAGACAAAGUAUUUUCAGUAAAAUAAAAAUAUUUCUAAAAAACAAAAUAUAUACGGUACUAUUGAGAGCUUACCUGAGUAAAUUUUUUUACAUCAGAAAAAUAAACAUUUCAAUAUUA